AAAGGCUGAUUCCUUCUGAAGCGAAAGCAAUAGGCAUUUCGCGAAACUCACGCCAACACUACCAUAUAUAUCCGGCCACUCGAUUAUACAGAAUUAUUUCACUUUGAUAAGAUUACAGUCAUUAGUCGACGGUCCCACGUUAUCUUAUCUGGUAACACAGCCGUAUUGAUUUAAGCAGUAAUGGCUGAACGAGUGUUGUCAACACUUACUCUGUUUAUUUGCAUUUGAAAUUCGUUUUGUUUUUUUUUUCUAAUUAUAUGACAAUUACUAGAAACUACUUGACAUAGAAAUAUUGCUAUACUGUUUACCGGUUCAAAAUGUUCGGGUUUAAAGCCUCCCUUAACUUCAUCAAUGGCAAUAGAAGAAAAUCGAAGAAAGAACGAGAUGAGAUUGGCGCCGUGCUGUCCGUUACUGGUGCUUACAGAACUAAUAGAGACGACUCUUUUGGUUACAACUACCCAGAGACACGGAAAUCAACACCAGCUCUAAACAACCAAACACCCGCCGCCGCUUUGCCACCAGUCCGACCAAUGAGACAAGCCAAAAGUACCAGCGACCUCAUACUCAACAAAAACCUCCCACCGAACCUACGGCCAGAAAACCCUGGAGUAUCUAAGGAUCCACGAGGAGCUGAACAAGACCCUCGCAACAACCGAAUCCCAGAUAAAACACAAGAAAGAAAACUAGACGCACAAAUUAGAGUGGACAAACAAAGACUUGAAGCACAAAAGAAGUUAGAGAAACAACGGCUAGAGGAACAGAAGAAAUUAGAGAAACAAAGAGCAGCUGAACAGAAGAAAAGGGAUAAGCUAGCGUUGAAAGAGCAAGCGAGACAGGAGAAGUUAAGAAAAGAGAUGGAGAAGAAGAGUAAAAAGAAUAAGGCGCCACCGCCGCCGUUAGCUCAACAAGCGAAGCAACCUGUACCGCAGCAACGACAACCUCAACCAAGCACAUCGAACGCCCAACCACCCACACAAAUGCCACACUCAACAAAUACUCUAGAAAGUUCUAUCAGUAAGAGCAGUGGGCCCCCUCCAUACUCUGCUUCGAAACCAGAAGGAGAGAAAGAUGUUAGUGGUAAUGUUACUUAUACGAAACCAGUUGAAGAGGACAGUUGGGACAUGAUCUCCAAACACAGAGAGAAUAUGAACAGGGCCGCCGCCGCCGCCGCAGCUACGGCAGCCGCAAAGACGUCAGCCAAGCAAACAGUAAUGGACCUUAACUACAAAAUAGGGGAAGAAAGUAAAGACAAUAGUGAAGCCUGACAGGAUUACGUGUGAGUUUUGUUUAUAUGUUUGUUAAGUGUUGAAAAGUUCGAUACAUUUGUUAUUUA